CUCCCUUUAUAUCCUGUUGUGCACCCAUAAUUUUAAUGAUUAGUAUGUAUAGAUCAUUGAGCAUCUAAACUGAUGAAGAAAAUAUAUAUCAUAUGAUUUCUAGUCCAGAGUUGUUUUAAACCCCAUGAAUAGUAAUGCACCAGUCCAUACUACAUGGCACAUAGGAACCACAAUGCAAACUCGUUGUAUCUUCGUUUCUAGCUAUUUCACCAUGACCGGUUAGUUCAUUUUAUGAACUUAGAUUUAGAUGUCGGUAGAUUAACGGAUCACUCGAUCAUUGCUAAGGGUGGUAACCAUCUUGAUGAUAGUCUUACAAAUCUUAAGAAAAUAAAUAAAUAGAAUUGAAACUAGAAGCGCGUAACCACCAAACGCUGAAAACUAGAGAGUGAGCAAAAGGUCGGUAGGUUCAUUGGUAACAUCACUAGACUAUGGAAGAGAGAGAGAACAUUGAGAGAAAGAAUCUAACCAAUCGAGAGAAACUCAAAGAGCUCACCAAACCCUAGAGAGAACUCUCUGUUGAAGACGGCGGACAUGACGUCAUCUGGCGUGAAGAAGCAGGUCACGAAGAAAACGUCCCCAUGUUGCAUGAAGAUGGGGAUGAAGAGAGGACCGUGGACGGCGGAGGAGGACGAGAUUCUUGUGAGCUUCAUCGAGAAAGAAGGCGAAGGAAGGUGGAGAUCGCUUCCCAAAAGAGCUGGCUUACUCCGAUGUGGGAAAAGCUGCCGUCUACGGUGGAUGAACUAUCUCCGGCCGACUGUAAAACGCGGUGGUAUCACUCUCGACGAGGAAGAUCUCAUCCUCCGCCUUCAUCGCCUCCUUGGCAACCGGUGGUCACUAAUCGCGGGAAGGAUACCGGGAAGGACUGAUAAUGAGAUCAAGAACUAUUGGAACACUCAUCUUCGUAAGAAACUCUUAAGCCAAGGCAUUGAUCCUCAAACCCACAAGCCUCUAGACGCAGAUCAUAAACCCGGAGAAGAAGUUUCCGCUGGACAAAAUCUACUAGAGCCUAACUCUAGUUCUCACACUGAUGUUACCACCGUUAGUAGCGGAAAUGGAACUAGCAAGAUAAGUUUCAGCUUCUUUGGUGGUGAAGACGACGAAGACUUUGGUUUCUGUUACGAUGAUAAGUUUUCUUCGUUUCUAAAUGCGCUUAUCAAUGAUGAUCCUGUUGAUAGUAAUAUCCCAAUAUCACAGCCGUUUCGGAUGCAAGAUUGUACUGAUGAGAUUGUUGGAACGUCGUCGAGCUUAGAACAUGGCCAGAGCUUAGAAGAUAUAUGAUUUGAUCGAUCGUGAUAUCUUCUAUAUCUACCAUGCUUCGAGAAGUGGGUACUCAUGUGAUUUAAUAUAUGUGUGCUAAGUUGUUUUGUGGCGAUAUGUGAUUACAAAACCUCAUAUAAGUGUAACUGAUAACAUAUUCAUUUACAUAUAUGCAUAUUCAUAUAUGGAUAUUUCUCUUGUGUUUUUCGCAGAUCAUGUAUCCACUUCAUGCCUAAUUCUAAUCAAUAAUUUAAUUAUAUCACUCUCUUAUAUAUUAGGUGCUUACAAACAGUCUUGUUUAGUCUAAUAUAUUCCAUCAUCGUCCUAGUGUGUUUAUAUUGUUGUGUAAGUUAAAUAAGAUUCUUGUUUCGUUUUUAAUCAAGUGCAAUGUGAAAACUAAAUU